UCCUGGAGUGACAUGAUUGAAUUCAGACUGGAUGCGUCUAACUCUCUACUAUACUCCCAGACCUUGACCUCGUAUUUUGAUGCUACAGCUGCGAAUAUUCUCUGCUGUACAAAAUUGCCGGUGUUCAUACCGCAGCUUCCACAGCAGCUCUGUAACGUCUAAAUAUGCCCACACACUCGAAAUCCUCGGUGACAAGUAUCAUACAGACGAAAUCACCAAUGUCACUCCAUCAAUCUUAUCUAAAAUUCCCCUACAAGUGCAUAAACAAACCGGCCACCCUCUCAACACCCUCAGGUCAAUCAUCGAAUCCCAUUAUCCUUACUUUUCACAUUUCUCAUCCUUCAACCCUCUCGUGACCCCCUUCAAGAACUUCGAUGAACUCGCUUUUCCCAAGGACCAUCCGGGUAGAUCUGUGACCGACAGUUACUACAUUAACAAAAACCUGAUGCUCCGAACGCAUACUUCAGCUCAUGAAGUAGAAGUGUUCAGCAAAGGAGAAGACAAAUGGCUUCUUACGGCGGACGUUUACAGACGCGACGAGAUCGACGGCUCCCAUUAUCCCGUUUUUCACCAGAUGGAGGGUGCGCGACUGUAUUCCGCAGAUGCGUCGGGUAUGAAGCAGGUCGAGGAAGACAACGAGCGUCUUUCGCGGCAUUUGAAAAUGUCUAAUAUCAUCAUUGAGGAUAUACCGCAUAUUUCUCCUACCAAUCCCGUCCAGCGUACCCACGACCCAGUGCACUCGGAACUCGUCGCAAAGAAUCUGAAGCUGUCGUUGAACAGUCUACUCUUACGACUGUUUGGAAGCACAGUUUCCGAAGAGCCGUUGCGAGUACGAUGGAUAGAGGCUUAUUUCCCAUUUACGAGUCCUAGCUUCGAGGUGGAGGUCUUCUUCCGCGGAAAAUGGCUGGAAAUUUUGGGAUGUGGAGUUGUCAUUCAGUCUACGUUGGAUAGUUCAAAUGUCGAAGGCAAGAUUGGCUGGGCGUUUGGUCUUGGUUUGGAACGUAUCGCCAUGAUUCUAUACUCAAUUCCCGACAUACGCCUCUUCUGGUCAACGGACGAACGCUUCCUUUCGCAGUUCAAAGACGGAGAAAUCACAACGUUCAAGCCAUACUCAAAAUUCCCUUCGUGUUUCAAAGACGUUAGCUUUUGGAAUGCACAAGGUUCUGCGCCAUUGCACGACAAUGACUUCUGUGAUCUCGUUCGUGAUGUUGCUGGGGACCUCGUGGAGGAUGUGAAAAUGAUUGACUCAUUCGUACAUCCAAAGACAAAUCGUUCCAGUUCAUGUUAUAGAAUCAACUACAGAUCCAUGGACAGGUCCUUGUCGAAUGAAGAAGUUAACGAAUUACAAAAGGGCGUAGUCACUCGUCUGACCGAUUUGUUUAGAGUAGAGAUUCGUUGAUUCAUUAUAUGGUGG